AUGACUAACGUCUGGAAAGCACCUGCAGACAUUGACGAUGACGAUGACAAUCUUCUGAUAGACGACUCAGAUGGGUCUGAUUUGGAAGUAUCUGGCCUGGGCAAUAGCAGAACAAACAAUUACUCAAACCAAGGCUUUAUCCAACCAGACCACCAAAUCGAAAGCGAUAUCCCAGCAACACCUGCACCUAAAUCAGUCCCUACAAAUCCAACAACUUCAGCAAAUGCAGCAGCUGCCUCUUCUUCAUUCAUGUCCAACCAACCGCCACCCGCAUACUCCCUCGACUCGGCAUUCACAACCACGACAGGCGAUCGCGUGGAGCAGCGCCGGUUUAUGGGCGGCGAUACGCUCGAUGAACCCGUAACUGCAACAUUGAUGCGUGACGUACGAGGAGUCGGCCAUCGUUUACGUCAAGUCAUUUGGUAUUCUCCAGCUACAAGUCUGCGUGAGGCCCGCGGGCUGGACCCGGAAGCCGCUGGCGGGUUUGGCUAUGACCCUAAUGCUGCUGCCAGCGCCGCACAUCUUACUCGACAGGAAUGGGACCUUUGGGGGCCCCUAGUAUUCUGCCUCGUCAUUGCUGUUGCCAUGAGUAUGUUGGCUCCCAACCACCAGGCUUCCGAGGUCUUUUCUGGUGUCUUUGUGCUUGUAUGGUUGGGCCAAAUGGUUGUUACCCUUAACAUUAGACUUUUGGGAGGAAACAUUCUCUUUUUCCAUGCAAUGUGUGUCACCGGGUACUGUUUGUUCCCUCUCGUCAUUGCUGCCAUUAUUUCUGCAUGUGUCGGUUCGUAUCUUGUCCGCAUCAUUGCUGAUACUAUUCUUGUGGCGUGGGCAAUUUUCUCGGCUACAAUGGGACUUAAACAUUCGGGUGUAUUGCCCUCGCGUGUCUUUUUGGCAAUGUAUCCUGUCGGUCUCUUUUACACUGGACUUGGCUGGCUUUGCGUCAUCACAUGA